AUGGAAUCAAAUUCAUUUGACGAUUCUGCAAGUACACCACCAAUGAAAUCUGAUGUACAGGUCCCCACUGUGACCAAGCUUACCAAAUCUAGAGCUCAUAAACGUAGUCCAUCCCCAACAGAUGUACCUAUUAUUCGGAGUAAACGUCGUCUAAAAGUCAAUCAUCGUUUUCUGGACGAUUAUGAUGGCUACUUAGGCUUCAUAAGCGGUGGACGUCGAAGUAGAGCUUCCUCCGAGGUAAGUAAUGGUUCUGAAGGGAGUAAUAGUCGCAAUAUGGAACAUUCCACGCGACAUGCACAUCCAACAUCAUGGCAUGAUAAGAAGAGUUCAAAUGAUAAAGUGAAGAAAGUCAGUCAUAGGAAUUUAACUGAAACUUCAACCAAAUCAUCAUCUAAAGGAUACAAAUCGAAUGAUAAUAUGAAUAAUAAACACGAAGACAAAGGUGGAAACCGACCAGUUACAGGACUCAGACCACGUGUGAAACAAGUCAGCAGACCAUCUAUUAGUCGCGAAGACAGUCGUUAUUCAUCAACUUUGUCGGCUAUGGUUCACGCUGCUCGCUUGGCUGCCGUUGGCGCCAAGGUUCCCGGAGGUGUUAGUCCUGUGCAUGCUGCUUUAGCCGCUUCUGCUGCUCAUUCAAAUAGGAUGAAAGAAAAGCAUUCUGCUUCUAAACAAGACGAUGCUCAUGUAAGUGGUCACGGAGUUGCUCUACAAAAUCCAUUUCAUCCUAGUAGACCUGGGUCUACCAGUCAACAUUCAACCCAUUUACCGAAUCGUUGUGGACAAUGCCCAGCAUGUUUAGGACUUAUUCAACCAUGUGGACGUUGUAAUGAUUGUCGCUUAGUUGACAGUAAUGAUCCACGAGGGAGACCUUGCAAGGAACUCAUAUGUCUCAGACGUCGUGCUGCGGCUGCCUCUGCUGACCAGAAUACGAAAACAGGUCCAAGGGUUAAAUUUCCAUCAAAUUAUCCUUCACCUGGUUCAACUUCAAACUUACCUAUAAGUGGAUAUAAAGGUGCUUUAUCAACGAACACUGCUAAUCAUACAAAUAAUCGAUCUAACCCUAAUAAAUCUGAAGAUGAACCAGAUGAAUCAGUUAGUUUAUUGCAAACUGUGCCUGGAUUAGCGCAACAGCUUGAAUUAGAUACAUGGUUACCAUCCAGUUAUUCUCGGAAAACCCAUGCCAAUGGGAUAAAUCAUUCAUAUCGUCGUAAGCUUAAAAAUCCUGUAAACAAUUUAAAUGUCGGUCCUGAACUUCAAGUAACACCUGUUCGUGGUGGAGAUUUAGGAAUGCGUUUCAAUUCGAUUAUUGAAGAAAAUGAUGAAAAUGAAGAUUUAGAUCGUGUCCGUCCAGUUGAAGGGGAAGUAAUUGACAGUGACUUAGCGACACAAGGAGGUUACGCAAUUGUAACAACAUUGGCAGCUGCUCCACCUAAAGAAAUCUGUUACGCAUGUGGUAGUGGUGGAGGUCAGUUACUGUUUUGUGUAUCCUGUGCUGAACCUUUCCAUUUCUACUGCGUUGAACGACAAUUCAGACCUCGUCGGAAAGAACAUUUUGUAUGCCGAAAUUGCACCACAUGUAAGGUCUGUCGUCGUCCAGCUUCAGAUCUACGUUGUAUACGUUGUUCUACCGGCUAUCAUCCAGAAUGUUUAGCUGAUUUUCCACCAGCUAAAACUAGUCAAAGAGGAUGUUGGACUUGUCCUGAAUGUUCAGUAUGUUUACAUUGUGGAGUUAGAGCUUGUAAACCAGCUGAGACUAGUGAUGGUGCUACACCUAUUUCAACGGUUCGUGGAUGUUAUACAGCCUGGUCAUAUGAAACAAAUAAAUGUGCUGCAUGUAGUCAGGCAGAAUCUAAAGGUGAUGUUUGUCCAGAAUGUGAUCGAGCUUAUUUACCAACCACUAAACAAAUGAUCCAGUGUGAUAGUUGUCAACUUUGGAUGCAUAGAACAUGUACAAGGUUAACUGUUGAUGAAUAUGAAUUAAUUGCAAGAAUGUCAGCUGGGCAAUUGAGUAAAUUUGUUGUUUCUUGUUCCGUUUGUCAAAGAGAACAAAAAUCUCAACAAAAAAAAUCAAACACCUCUCGUAGUAACAAUAACAAUAAUAGUACUUCAUCCAAACAACAAUUAGAUUUUACAGAUCAAACUGCAUCGGAUGAUGAAAGUGAAUUCAGCGAUGAAAAUAAAGAAACAGAAGAUGCAUCAAUGAGAAGUCGGAGUAAGCAUUCAAAUAUUAACAACAGAAAUAAUAAUAAUGAUCGUAAUAAUGGUGCAAAUCAACUACGAAUUUUAGCACAGGAUACAUUAAUGGAAAGAAUGGCUGGUUUAGUGCAAGUUUGUCGUAAAUCUAAUCGAAUUGAUAAUCAAACUAUCACUAGUAGUGGUGGUGGUCCUGGUGAUGUCCAACUAAUACAAUGGCUAGUUUCUAGUGGUAAAUCACCUGGUUAUUGGAGUAAUACCAAUUAUAAAGAUGAAUCAACUACAGUAAAACAAUACCUCCCUCAGUAUGAUGGAGUGUGUGAUUCCGACUCUGGAGAUGAAUUAACUGCUGCAGUUGAAGCUGCGGCUUCUUUAUGGGAUCCGGCUGUGGUAGAACAUGCUAAAUUCAAUACUGUUUCUGUUAAUCCUAUGUCUAUCUCCCAGAUAAUAUCACAAACGAUCCAGUACAUCAUCAUCCUGAUAAAUUGUCGUCCAGUUAGUAAUGGUAGUAGCUCGUUAUCUUAUUCAUCAUCCCAACAAUGUUUACAAAUUGAUUCUUCUUACAAAACAUCAAAUAUGAUGGAUCCCAUCAGAAAUACAUGUAAUCAUACUGUUUCACCAAAUGAAACAUUUGUUUCACAAAACCAACAAUUACCACUUACUGUUAAUACAUCAUCAUUACUUAAAACUGAAUCUAGUAGUUCAGUACAAUCUAGUUUAUUUCAUGAAUCCACAGUACAUGAUAACAAUCCUAAUCAGAACAAUCGUAGACGUUAUAGUUCAUCUAGCUCAUCGAGUUCACGUUAUUACCAUCAAAUUUGUUCAACUCCACCACCAAUCAAUGCACAAUGGCUUGUUGAUCAGGAAUCAGAGCAAAUUUGGACAAGUCCGCGCUCAUUACUUUAUCGCUUACUUACGAGAAUUCUCCAUCGUCUGUCCGCUCAUCCAGUCAGUUCACCGGCAGCUAUUGGAUUAAGGAGACUUCUUCGUUGGCUUUCUACAAUGACAGACACUCUUUUUCCAUGGCUUAAUAUAAAUGAAAUGGCUAGUGAUGUUCGUGAUAUUCUACGCCAAUCUAAUGGGAAAUUUAGCGAUGUUACUAAACAUUUCCAAGAACGUUCUUUAAUUGAACUUCAUGAACUAAUGUGCCCAGUUAUUGCUCGUUUAAAUGAAAACUGUUCACGUAUUCGAAAUCCUUCAUGUGGUCAAACAGUUAAUAAUGUAAAUUCUGUUUCAACAUGUUAUCUACACGUGCUUGAACACCUGAAAGAGUAUCAUCCAAAAUACCAAUUGUACGAAUCACCAGAAAUAGAUCCUUUAGAAUUUACUAAACAGUUCUUACUUGCAUGCAGACGUUCUCGUUGUCAACGUCCACAUGAAGUGGAAAUGCUUGAACAAAUGAAACAAAGUGCCCGUGAUGAUCGAUGGGUUGAACAUUGGUCUUCAAUCGAAGAAGAAUUGGUUGUCAAGAAAUUUCAAAAUCAUUUAAUCAAGUUGUACAGGAAACGUCUGCAUGAAUUAUCAGUCCCAUCUUCUCAUCACUUCGAAAAUAACGUAAAUAGUAAAUGUAAACCGACCGUGUCCUCUAUUUGUAAUUCUUCAGAUAGUGUAGCUGAAAUACCAAACUGUAUUAAUAAUUCUGAAUUAAUUCAGUUGAAUUCACUAACCACUACCACUAUUAUGAAUAACAAUCUAGAAUUAUCUAAUCAUGAGGUGAUUAAAGAUGAUAAUGAAUUAAACACUAAUACAGUAGUAAAUCAAGAAUCUAAUCAGCAAGAAUCUGAUAUCCCAGUGGAAUCAUUAUCGCCUGUCAAAGAUGGUGAUAACGGUGAAAAUAAAUUAUCUACAGAAUUAGCAACCUUUGAUUCUGAACGCUUUUAUUUCGCAUUGGACAAAUUUUGGAAUGAAGAGGAGAUAAGAAAACCGAUUGUUUUAUCUGGUCACAUUCCAUCAUUCCGUUUAGUUGACCUUGAUGAAGAAGAGGAGUUGAAUAAAAAGGUUGCCGCUGAUGCCUUGCGUAAGCAUUUAAUUGAUGAUCUAGAAGAUGAAGAUCCAAGACGUUGUUUAUUAUGUGGUUAUCAUGGAGAUGAUAAUAUCGAGGGGCGCUUGUUAUACACAGGAUCAGACACUUGGGUGCACAUAAAUUGUGCGUUAUGGUGUAAUGAUGUUUAUGAAGAGGAUUCUGGUGAGCUAAUUGGUUUGUCAGACGCUAUUAGACGAGGUCGUUCCAGCAAAUGUGCUGAUUGUGGCAAAUAUGGUGCAACUCUUCAUUGUUCUAAUAUGAAGACUGAGGUUUGUCCUCUAGCUUUAUUAGUCUCAUCCAAUAACUGUGAUUUGGACUGUGUUGGUGCCGUGCAUUUCUCUUGUGCUCUAAGGCGUUGCCCUCCAUUACCACAAUGUGUUUUUACUGCUGAUCGUUCUUGGUUUUGUUCUCCAGUCUGUCAUCAUACAGUUAUGAACCAACGUCUUGCGGAAGCUUUACAUUCAUUAAGAAAGUCAUCCAAAGGAAACCAUAACAGAAAAUUCGGUUAUCCUGAAUCAUGGGACCAUUCAUCUGAUGAAGAUUUUUCAGCUGGAUCAUUUAAUCCGGCUGAUUUUGCAGAUCAUCCUUCAUUUGCAUCAAUGGAAGAAGCUAUUGCUGACGAUUUAGAGCCAAUUGGUUUAGGAGAUUUGCUUGUUUGUCGUCGAGUGUUUGUCCCAUCCGAUUGUUUUGCAGCAUCAGUGUAUCCUCAAUCAAUAAAUGGAAAUCUUAUUUCAAAUAAUCUCCUAAUGAGUGAUAAUGAACAGUCGGAAUUAAUGAGAGCUGCAAAAGAAGCUGUAUCUACACUUGCAGUUUCACCAAAUUCAAUCUCUUUUCUUCACAAUAACGGGAUUUCUGCAAAAAAUCUUGUUAUUACCAUAGGAUCUUUACGUGUUGAUAGGUUGGGAGAUGUUCGUGAAGCUUCAGACUCUUUAGCCAUGGCUAAAUGGAUUCCAGGUUCUUUUGACGAACGUAAUACAGUUACUAGGAGCAAUUACUUGUGCCCUAUAAAUUACCGUGCAAGGCGCAUUUAUUGGAGUUGGUCAAAGUUGGAUUCUCGUAUACCGUAUACUCUUCAAGUAAAGCAGAGUCAAACAGUACAUACAACUUCCGGUUACAUGGAAACUUGUCCUACUUCACGUCCAUCUUCCAACACGAAUGUCAGUUCUAAUAAAUCUUUUAUUUUAUCUAAAUUGCCUGUUGUCAAUCCUAGUAAUUCAACUCCAGUUUAUAAAAAUCCUCGUCUAGUCAAUGUUGAUAAUCGUAUCAGACUGCUAACUCCUCUGAACAACAGAUCUGUUAAUAUUAUUAACAGUAGUAUUAACAAUAAUGUCAAAAGUAUUGAUAAUACAUUAUCUCCAGUUCAAGAUGCUUCUAGAACGUUAACAGCUAUUCUAACUAAUGCCUCAUCUAUUGUUUCUCCUCAAACUGGGUAUGAACCUCCUCUUUUGAUGAGUCAUCCUAUUAGUGGUCACCUAGUUAGUGUCGCAUCUUAUUCAACUUUACCAGUUAGUAGUUUUCAGCUUAUGGCACACACAGUUAACAACCCGAUAAAUCAAGGACAGAUUAUUCAAUCAUCUGCUUUAACCAGUCAAAAUUCGUCAUUGAAAAUACUAAACACUGUAUCACUUUGUCCUUCAUCGAAUUUGCAACAGAAUCAGCAGAUUUUACAGCAACGUCAGCUGUUAGCAACACCUCAAAAAAAUUUAGUCCCAGUUCACAUUACACCUCAGAUACCAAUGAACGUCAAUGCCACUAAUCUAACUACUACGCCCGAUAGUAUAAAUAAUAUUGUACCUACAGAAUUAAAUUACAAAAUUGGGAUUAAUCCUUCUAUAGUUUCUGUUAAUAGUACACAGUUUAAUAAAAGUAAUUAUACCAAUAUAAUUUCUUCUAAUAAACAACAAACACAACAACAUUACAAAUCUCAUUUGAUGAAUGCAUAUAAUGGAAAAACAUUUAUUUUACCUAAUCAAAUUCAGCCAAAUAUUAUAUCUGUUAAUAGUAAUAAUAACAAUAAUAAUUUGUCUUUAUCUCCUGCAAUAAUCCCUGUAAAUCAGUAUAAUGGUGAUAUAAUUACACAUCAUAUCGGUACCACUGUCAACCCUAUCACAGUUAAUACAAAUAAUAAUAAAUCAUUAACAUUGCCUUAUAAUAAAUCUAUUGGAUCUACUGUUAUACGUAUUCAAAAUGUUCAUUUAAAUCAAAAGAGUGGAAUAUUGACAACACCGACAAAAGAUACACAAUUAGCAACACAAUUAGAUGGUUUAUUUCAAAAUAUUGGCAAUGUUACAAGUGUUAGUCAGAAUAAACGAGGAGUAGUUUCAACAAAUUUAUUACCCCAACCUGAACAUAAACUACUCCCUCAAUUUGAUGGUACUGGUGACGACGAUGAUCCUGACUAUGGAUCUGGUUCUAUUCAUAAACGUUUGUAUAAAACCCGUUCAUCUUCACUUGUGUCCUCUGGUAGUUCAUAUUCUCACAGAACAGCAGCUUCUGGACGUAGUCAAUCACAACUUCCAAAUAGUCGCCUUAAUAAAAAUGACCCAAUAAUAAAAGCAAAUAAAAGUGCUCGUGUUACUUCUGAUCCCUCGUCUGCCAAACCUUCAGGAAAACGACGUUGGAUUGAAGAUCGUAUCAGACAACAGGAAUUGGCUCAUUUAGUGUCAAAGGCUAAACAGGCUAAUCAUGCUCGCCUUUAUCAGAAUGAAGUUGAGAAACAUGCAAGAUCAUUUCGUCUUACCUUUUCCAUUGAUGGUAUGGUACGUUCAGCUAAUAGCCCAAUGGCUGCUUGGCGUGCUGUGAUAAUGCGUGUUUCAGCUCUACGUGAAAAACAAGGUUUAAAGCCAUUGAUUUGUACAGCUAUUGAUGGAUGGACACAAUUCGGCUUAAAUCAUCGUUAUACAAUAUUUCUAAUCGAACAAAUGCGUGGAGCGCUUCAUUGCUAUCGUUAUAGAUUUCGAUAUCACUGGCAGAAGAUCGAUCGAUUACGUCAAAAGUUCACUCCUCCUGUACCCUGUUCUGAAGGCUGUGCUCGCGCUGCCCCAUGGACGAAGCCUCGUCGUCCACGCAACCAUGCUCAUGAUCCUCUUGGAUUUCUUCAUUGUAAAGCUAAUCCUCCUCCACGACCUUUAGUUAGCUCAGGUGAUGAUAAUUUACUUCCUUAUCAAGACCCAUCCUUAGCUAAUACAAAUGAGCCGGCUAAACUUUUGUCUCCUAAUGAACAAGCCACUUGUAGAGAAGCUGCUCGUCAAGCUGCUCUCUUAGUUGCAACACAACUUAAGCUUCCACAACGUCUGCGUAAAUCAUGUAUAGCAAAAGCUGUUGUACGAGCAACUGGCAUACCAUUACAGUCUACACCACCAAAAUCAGUAAAUGACAGUGAGUUUGUCAAUUCUACUGAUCAAGUGUUUGGGAUAAAUUAUUCUGAUGAUGAAGACAGUUGUUCCGUAUCAUCGAAUCAUGAAGAAGAAGAUGAAGGAGAAGAAGAGGACAAAGAAGAAGACGAGAACGAUGUAGGAACAGUUGCUACACAAUUUAGUCGAUUGUUAUCAGGACCAUUGGCUCGAUUUUAUCGUGUAUCUGUACAUCCAUCUCGUAUACAUGGUCGUGGUUUAUUCGCUUUACGAGAAUUUCGAGAAGACGAAAUGGUUAUUGAAUAUACUGGAGAGUUAAUACGAAGUAUUAUUUGUGAUGCUCGCGAAUUAAGAUAUAGAGCAACUGGCGUGGAUUGUUACAUGUUCAGAAUAGAUCCAGAUUGGGUUAUCGAUGCUACGUAUGCUGGAAACGCUGCUCGAUUUAUCAACCAUGCAUGUGAUCCUAAUUGUUAUGCUAAAGUUGUGUCGAUUGAUGAUAAAAAGCAUAUUGUUAUAUUGGCCCAACGAAAAAUUUAUCCUGGUGAAGAACUGACAUAUGAUUAUCGUUUUCCUAAAGAAUCUGAUAAAUUACCGUGCAAUUGUGGCAGUUAUUCUUGUAGAAAAUAUUUAAAUUAA